AGUUGUCCCGAUCCGGCGCAUCGUCCAAUCAACAGCUCUCCUACUUGCGGGCCAGAAUCCCUCUUCAACCUUCUGCUUUCUGGAGGGGCACCUUCAACCAACUCCGCGGUGCACUGGCAGCGGCUUCUCUAGUUGGAAAGAGAAAAUCGGGAAUAACACUCUCACACAGACACAAUGUCCUUCCUGUCGAUCAGCAGGCUAGCGCCUAAACUCCUCAAUUCAAAGGUAAGAGGACGAAAAAACGGCCUGUGUGCCUCUUGAUCUGCCCAAAGGUGUUACCUUGAAGGCUAAGAGUGAAGCUAGGUAACGUUCGCUAGCCUAGCUGUGCUAACCACAUUGUGAAAUGCUCUUGAUCAGGAGUCUUUCUUCUGAUUCCUUCUUAUAAGUGAUACUUUUAGGGAUCAGUUUUUAUUAUUUGAUGUUUUAGAUGUAAAGUGUUGCAGUUGGAUCAGUUGUGAACUUCAGUCUCGGAACAGAGGGUCCGUUGUGGUCUGUGCUGGCCUGGUUCAGUCACAGCCAGGUUCGGGUUCCCUCACUCAGCAGAGACCAUAGACUGUUUCAUCUGUCUGCUUUCACUACUAAACUGGACUGUAAUGAUCCUUUACAGAGAGGAGUUAAUAAUCCUCCAGAGGGUUACAGACACUAGGAUCAAACUCUGCUUUAACUUGGAGUUUCUGGACCACCCUCAUUGACCUUCACGUCCACAUUUCAGCCUUUUAUUAUUGAUGAGACUCUCUGAAAAUAUUGUUUAUUUUCACAAACACAGACCUUACAUAACACUGGAAAGAACAGGUAGAAACUUGAAGUUGAAAUAUUACUUUUGUUCCUUUGAGAGAUUAGGGAUAAACUCACGUCAGUUACCAAGAUAUCACAUGUGAAAUACUUCUAAAUCUUGAUGCAACCAUUUUACACGUUUGUCAUGUUGUGUCACACAAAUCUUCAAUGUAGAAUAAUAAAAUAAUACUGCAGAAACAAGUGUUGUAGUGUGAAUUCUCUAGAGGCAUCCCUCUCAAAAAGUACAAGUAUUUUCAUUUAGGUUUAAGUAACACUACACACCUGUGAAUCAGACCUUUAACACAUGAAAAUUAGGGUGGGGUAAGUGGGAUAUGCACCCCUUAAAUCAUGUAAAAGCAUAUGUUAUUUUAGUUGGUGAAUAUUCUCAUUCGCUUCUUGCAUCACUUGUUUUUUAAGGUGGUCCCUGUACUCUUGAGUCAUACUGCUUGCACCGAGAGGCUUAUUAUUAUUAUACACUGAAAAAUAAAGGAUCAAGUUACUGUAACAAGUGAAAACAGCCGACACAGUUUUCUUGCUUUGCCCAAGAGAAAUUGACUUGAAAUACCUUGAAAUAGAGUUUAUAUUUGAGCCUGUCAGGUUAAUACAGAUGAUAUAAAGUGGAAUGAGAUAUUUUUGGAAUAAAUUUUAAAGAAUCACUUGAUCAGAUGUGAGUUUUAUUGCAAUGGAGACGUCAUUUGAAACUCAAGAUUUUACACAGAUGUUGCCUGAUUUGUAAAACCACUCAUACCCGUCAUUAUAGACAGGAAUCGCAUUGAAUUUUACUGUAUUUUCAAAAUUACACCACCGUAAGUUUUAUUGUGUUAAUCCCACCCUGCAGAAACUAACCAGCAUGCAAUAGUUCCCCUUCAUGCUCCUUGUUUCUUGUUUCCCAGUGUCUUACUCUACUGACCUCUAGGUCCAGACUACUUACACUUAAAUGACCCUCAUAUCAGCUCCACGAUUUCUUAUCGCUCACCUGAUUCUCUUCCUGUCAAGCAUUAAUCAGUGACUAAAAUUCUUGAACUCUAUACAUACAAGAGGGGAGAUAUCACGUUCAUGACAUAAGUCGUGGUGACAGGAAAAUAACAUUAGGUAUAUGUACCGAUAACCUGCUGUGUCACAGUCACCAUUCCUCUCGCAUCAGCAGUAAUCUUUGAUCUGGAGUUUCAUUCAUUCGCCAUAAAAUCUCUGCUCUGAAAAUCAUGUGAUUCACAAGACUGGGAUCAAGGGCGAAAUACAGUCUUGUGAUGGUUUAUGCUUCAGAGAAUUUCACCACUCGAUACAAAUUUAGCUCUCGUGUAUUUCGCUAUGUUGUUAGAAAAUGUUGGUUUAAGAAAUGAGUGUGCUGAGAUUGUUAUUUAUAAUAUCUGAGGUCAAAUCAAGUGGCCUCCCCUCCUAAGUUUCUCUCUCAGUCCAGCUUGUAUGCUCAUUUUUGUCAACCCACGGGAAAGUUUGCUCCAACAUUUGCGUGCGUUUCUUCCCGACUCUGGCUCUCGUGUGCCCUUCUCUCCAGUGUUUUUGCCCUAACCUUUCUCCUCAGCAGGAAGCUGGGAGUGACUGAGUGAAACUUGUGCUCUAUAUUUAAGACUCUGGCCUGAGCUGUUACAUAAUCCUCGUCAGCUGUGUGGAGUGUGCGCGGUGGCGCGAGAUCCUGCCUUUUGUUUGAGCUUGUCUCGUCAGCCUUUUACUACUACCGCAGCCAGUUUGGGGUCCUAUUGGGAGCCGGGCCAGCUGUCCCUCCUGUCUUCUAAACUCCUCCCUUCUUCCAUUGAUAACUUUGAUAAGCUUUCAGAGGAGUCGUGUUUCAGUAACCACUCUCUACUGCUGCCACUGAGCUUCCAACAAGAUUACUACUCUCCAAACUCUUGAAUAAUCAGUGCCAGGAUUUUUUAAAUCUCCCCUACAACUUCUUAUCUUGUCCCAGUACCACCAACUGUCCCCGGCUUAAGAACCUAAACUACAAGACACGUUUGCUUUUAAUAUUCAAUAUACAUGCCAAACAGUUAUUGCCAAGAAAAAGAGCAUUUCAGUCCUUAGUUUUUCUCUGUCAUGCGUAAAACUUCCACUACACUGGAUUUGAGAUCAUCGGUUGCAUCAGGGUAGCAACAGGAGGUGUGGUAACAUCAGAAUUUUGUUCUACCUAUUGCAACACAUCAAUACAAGGCAUGCUGUCCCAUGACUAAAGCACCAGGACUUCACAUGUUUAAUAGCUUAGUGUGUCAUAGUAAGCCGGGACUAGACAGGUAAGCUGACUCUCCCUGGAUUUAAACCUGGGGUGUCUGCAAGGCUUCUUAGCUCAUCCCUAAAUAUGACCUUGAAGGAAUUGUGUGUCAGAGGGAGGUUUUAAAACACACCCGCUGCAUUGUUGGGUAAUAUUCGUAUGAGUCAAAGCAUCUGAAUAUUCCUGGCAAUCAGUGACAAGUCUUUAGUGCGUGAACGGACAUCUUGCAGUAUCUGCAUGUGUCAGCAGAGGAAUGAGGAGGAGAACUUUUCACCAGUAUUUACUCGUUUUAGAUCUUUGUAGUGGUUCGACACCUCGUCUCCUUUAGUCGUCAUGUAAGUAAGUUGAUAUAGAAAGCGAACACCAGCCAAAGGCGGUGCAAAAAAGGGGAUACAAAUGUGCGCAAGACAAGUUAAGUGCCUGAUGUGUUAAGAGAGGAUGCCCUAAGGAAUCGACUGUUUGCAGAGAGGAGAAAUAAAGAGCCUGUCAAUGACUGUAAAGGAGGAUUAAUAAUUGAAACCCAUGAUUAAUUUCUAACGAUAACAUCAAUUUUACACCCCAGGGUUAAUGGUCAUUGAUGAAUGCAAACUGAGAGAGAGGGCAUGUAAUAGUAACAUAAAGAUCAAGAUAAAAGAUGGUGGAUUCUUACACUAUUGAUGAUCAGUGCAUCAGUGUCAACUAAAGAGCCUAACCAGAGGGAAACCGUAGAUCUGUUCCUGUGGUGCAGUCUAAGCGAUAUGCCUUAAAGCUACAGAGGAUCUAUUUGUGUUUCUUUUACAGACUUUUCAAUCUUUUGUGUCACUUAGACUUUAAAUAUUGUUUCUUUCUGUGUCGGACAGAGUGCCGCCUCCUUCCUCGUGGCUGCCAGACAUGCCAGCGCAUCAACAACGGUAAGCACACUCCGUCCGCUUCAAGGUUGUCUGCUUGCCUCGGAUCGCAAACAUAAUUAAUCUGCUGUUUAAAGGAAUCUGUUUGACGUACUUUAAGAAUACACUGUCCCUUUGAGAGGGAACAAAAGAUGAGGACCUUUAGGGAGCUGCGCGAGUUCACAUUAAGAGCUUAUUUUGAGAUGUUUAUAAAGCCGAGGAAAUGACUCAUGGUUUUAUGUUUUCUGCAGAAUCUGAAGGAUGUUCUGGCAGACCUCAUCCCCAAAGAACAGAGCAGGAUCAAGAACUUCAAACAGCAGUAUGGCAAAACCAACAUAGGACAGGUUACUGUUGACAUGGUGAGUAUCUCACAAAUUAGCGUGAUUGCUUCAUGUGUCAAGAAAUAAAAUAAGAACCACACACCGAUGACAUACAAAGCAAGGUCCAUUAGAUCGUCUUCACUGAUAUUGAAACGAGUAUGUAGGUCAUUAAGCAGUAUAUAGAUCAGACGUGGCUUAUCGACCUCAGUGAUCUGCUGAUCCUGCCAAGCUUUGUUUAUUGUGUCACAUCAACUCUCUCAGAGGUCACGGUUUGAAGCGGCGCUGACUCCUGCCAGCAGAGGUAUUUUAGCUGAGUCACUCGAGCCUGUACUGUCCAAAACAAACAUCACAUCAAUCAUUCAACGGUUUGAACUCGGGUCGGUUUCCAUUCUGAUUUUUUUUGGGAGAUUCUGGUUUGUUUCUGUUUUACUUUCAGUGACAGAAACUCAACCUUCAGCUGUGGCCUGUUUAAGUUAUGUAAAAUAAUUUAUCAGUAAUACUCAAGAGCGGGUCAAUUAUGUUUAUACGGUGUGAUAAAAAAGAAAUAACACAUAGCAAUCAAGGAAAACACUGAUAAUAACAAUUCAGUUUUAAAUGUGAAACAGUGAGAAAGAUCGUGGACUGAAAGAUUGAAGAAUAACCCAGAAAAACACAAAGCAACUAAGCUGAACUUCUCCCCUGCAGAGAAAGGCUCAAAAGAUAUUUGUCAAGGUUUCUUUGAAAGUCUGAGUCCUUGAGCUCUUCAGGGAGACUGUUCUAGAGAUACUCGGGUCACAGAGGCGCAAGGCUGGUCCUGGGCCUGUGCCAGCUGCAGAGGAUCUCAAGGAUGUGUUUUGGAGUCAUACUAGAGAUGUGAACUCAAAGACAACCACUUAGUGAAUUAAAAAAACUCAAACUGAGUAUCUAAUGUUUACAAAGCGCCUCAUGUCUGUCUGUUUGUUUUAUCUACAGGUCUAUGGAGGUAUGAGGGGCAUGAAGGGUCUGGUGUAUGAGACCUCCGUGUUGGAUCCUGAGGAGGUCAGUAUGCUUUAAAAGUAGUGGAACAAGUCAUGAGUGGGUUGUUUUAUACUGUCUGUUAAAUCCACUCGCCUCACAGACUGUCCCCUUGAUUACUUUCUAACUGAAGCUGAGAGCUUAACAGAGUCAAAGUGUUGGCGCCGUCGUGUUCCUUGUUCCCAGACCUCCACAUGAAGCAGAUAUUCAAUUAACCAAAUAUAAUUAGUCGAGCUGGAGCUCACUCUGGCUGCUCGCCAACACUUACUUGCCGGUGCGUUUCAGGAUAACUCCAAUAUGGAUUUGUUUGCUUCAUCCCCCCCUUCUCUGUCCAUUCGCACGCAGGGCAUCCGUUUCCGCGGCUACAGCAUCCCAGAGUGCCAGCAGCUGCUGCCCAAAGCUCCAGGAGGCGAGGAGCCACUGCCUGAGGGUCUCUUCUGGCUGCUGGUCACAGGACAGGUGCCCACUGAGGAGCAGGUGAGUGGGAGCAGAUCAGUAUCAUUACGCGACAAUGGAGGAAUAAUUAGGGGAGGUCUGCGCAGCUGUUUACCCUCCUCAUCCAUCUGUCUGUCAGAACCGCACAGAAUAUUCUCUAGCAUUUAAAUGAAACAUUAACUUUGAAUAAAAAGGGUGAGAUAUUUGUUAUAUUACAUAUUUUUUGAGUAUGACUUUGUCCGUUAUGGAAGACUCCAGAACUCUAUCCAUAACUACAAAACAAGACAGUCCUUACAUCUGAACAGGCGUUUUAUUGCCGCCCACUAUCUCCCCGCAGGGUUAUACCAGGACAACUUCACUGAUAAGCUGUCUCCUUUUUGCUGACUGCUACUAUUCCCCGAAGAAAAAGCUUUCACCUCUCAGCCUUCUGUCCUCCUAAAACCAGAUGAAUUGCGAUGCGUCUGCUGUCAGCUCGGCAUUAUUUCUAUAUUUUUACAGAAAAGUGAAGUCCGAAAAUGAUCCAGCGAUUUGUCCAAAGAGCACACACAGUCAGCAAACCCUGGAAAGCGGAGAGCAGAUGAGGUAAAAGUAUCAAGAUGUCACCCACUUAGGCUGUGUUUCUGUCGCCUCAGGUGAACUGGGUGUCCAAAGAGUGGGCAAAGAGAGCUGCACUUCCCUCUCAUGUUGUCACCAUGCUGGAUAACUUCCCCACAAACCUCCACCCCAUGUCUCAGUUCAGCGCCGCCAUCACAGCGCUGAACAGCGAGAGCAGCUUCGCACGGGCUUACUCUGAGGGCGUCCACAAGACCAAGUACUGGGAGGUGAGUUCAAACCGGCGCUACCUUCAUCACUUUAAACUCAUACUUGAUUGGAUUAAUCUUGAUGAACACGUCAGGGUCUUGUUUCAUAUACGCUCUCUUAAUGUCCUCGUAGUUUGUGUAUGAAGACUCCAUGGACUUGAUCGCCAAGCUGCCCUGCAUCGCCGCCAAGAUCUACCGCAAUCUGUACCGUGAAGGCAGCAGUAUUGGAGCCAUCGACUCCAACCUGGACUGGUCCCACAACUUCACCAACAUGCUGGGCUACAGCGACACCCAGUUCACCGAGCUCAUGAGGCUCUACCUCACCAUCCACAGGUAUGAACGUAAAUCUAGAGCAGUAGAUCUAGAGUAGUAGAUCUAGAGUAAGCUUCAAGGGUCUUUUUUUCUGAGGGUUUCUAUAUUUACAUCAAAAUUGUGCAAAGUAGAUUUCAGGCAGUCGAGGUUAUAAUAUUGUUUUUUGUUGAUUUGUGAAAUUUAAUUAUGUUUAAGAGAGAGCAUUUAAAUCUAAUACAGUCUUGAGAUAGAAACAUUAGCAGCGUAUCAUUGUCAGAAUUCAGGAAGUAAAAAAAACAAACAAACCCUCUAAUCAAAUCAGUUUGAUUUAAACCGUCAAUAUUGGUCUUACAUAACGCUACUCUCAAAUAAUAAGGAUGAGUCUGUAAACUCAGUCCAAGUGUGUAAAAGUAUCUUGAUUUAGAGCACUAAACAUGUGUCAAUAUUAUUAUGAUACACGACAUGAAGCCGCCUCGGUCUCAUAGUUCAGCAUAGUUGAUUAAAUCUACACGAGCUUCCUCAUGCAGUAUUGACUCGUCAGUUUCUUCAGGUCUGUACAAACAGCUAUUUAGCAUUGUGUGUAAUUUGCUCAUGCAUCCAAGUCACACAUGAUCCGAAUUCGCCGUCUUUCGGAUUCAUUACUGCUACAUUAAUAUUAAAAUUGUGCUUUUGCUUAUUUUCCAGUGACCACGAAGGAGGCAAUGUCAGUGCCCACACCAGCCACUUGGUGGGCAGCGCUCUCUCCGACCCUUAUCUGUCCUUCAGCGCCGCCAUGAACGGUCUUGCAGGUCCUCUUCACGGUCUGGCCAAUCAGGUUUGUGCUGAGCAGAUGAUUACUAUGGCUGCUCGCAGGUGUGUCACCUGCAGUUUGAGAGACUUUCUAAGUUUGUUUGAGGAAGCAUUUAUCAGCUCAUGUCAGUCGGCCUUUUUCCACAAAAGAUUUUAGGAUUUGUUCUUUUAGCUCAUUAGCACCCAAAUUAAUGAUGACACUUUUUGUCAUAUUAGAAACAUCUCAGAGUUUCAGUAAAACUUCAUACUGAUACUAUCACACACACAGAGGCAGGAGAGUUGUACACUCUCCAGCUGUAUUGAUUAGUUUAAAUCCAAUGUGCGUUUUUCUUUGACUUCUCACAGGAGGUGCUGGUCUGGCUGACUGCCCUGCAGAAGGAGAUGGGCGGAGAGGUGUCCGAUGAACAGAUGAGGGAUUACAUCUGGAACACACUCAAGUCUGGAAGGGUAAAGACGCAUCGCUCUUAUAACUGAUACUUAUCAUUGAGAAAAGCCCGUACAAGGAGUUUCCUAAAGCAGCGUGAGCCUCACUCACAUCAUCCUCCGUCUUCACAGGUUGUGCCAGGAUACGGCCACGCCGUCCUGAGGAAGACUGACCCACGUUACACCUGCCAGCGCGAGUUCGCCCUGAAGCACCUGCCCAACGACCCCAUGUUCAAGUUGGUCGCUCAGCUUUACAAGAUUGUACCCAACGUGCUCCUGGAGCAGGGCAAGGCCAAGAACCCCUGGCCCAACGUGGACGCCCACAGUGGAGUUCUGCUGCAGGUAUUUCACCCCUGUAGCUCUUCGUGUCAGGGGCUAGAGGGGAAAUAUGGCAUGCUUUAACUACAUUUCUAAAUUUCCUAAAGCAUUGUUCAUCCAUAUUGGAGAACAGUCUGAUCCCAGCUUAGCUCUGGGUAGUUCUUAGUUGAAAGUCUCGACUCUAACAUGCCUGUCUCUCUUCUUCUUGUCCAGUACUAUGGAAUGACCGAGAUGAACUACUACACAGUGCUGUUCGGCGUGUCCCGAGCUCUCGGCGUGCUGGCUCAGCUCGUCUGGAGUAGAGCCCUGGGCUUCCCCUUGGAGCGCCCCAAGUCCAUGAGCACAGAUGGACUCAUGACACUGGUGGGAGCAAAGUCAGGUUGAAGACGCACCUGGAAGGAGUUUUGGGGGUUAGUGUGAAGGGUGGGAGGAGGUGGAGAUAUCAAAAACAAAAAAAACAGGCAGACAAAAGUUGACCCCCUGUCAUUUUCAACCCCAGGGAUACAAUGGGAUUCAAAGAGACAGUACGCUUUUAAUGUCAUUUCACAAAAGAAGGGCCUUUCAAAUCGUCACAGCAUUAGUGUUUCGAGUGUGUUUAGUUUAAAAACACCGAUCAGUUCCCCAUCAAGUCUCCACGAGAGGUGAAAACUUCACGCACACAUACAUGUAACCCACAGUAGGCUCAAAGUAUGUACCAUUAGACGUCUGCUAGCAUUACUAAGAAUUUCCCCGGUGCAGUGCCUGGGUGUUUCUCAUUGGGCACUGGAUCUGACCUAUGAGUAGGCAGAGGCAUUCAAAGGGAAUUAUGGGAGUGAAUCAAUCAUCCCCCUGUGUUUGUUUAAAGAUUUAAAGCGCAUCCCUUUCCUUUCCUGCUUUUGGCUGACGCAGAAAUUUAUUUUAGGAUAUUCCAAAGCCGGACAUCUUUUUUGUCCCUCAUCUCAGUCCCACCCAGGCUGUCCGUGCGUCUCACUCCCAUGUAUGAACACUCCAGUUUGGAAACAAAGGUCCUCACAUGUAAAACUAAACUAACACAUAAAUCAGUUAAAAGAUACUGCCCCUUUAAAUCUGUGUUACUCCUUUUUCUCCCACUUUUCGUUUGUCCGUGUUUUAAAGAUGACCUGUAUUACCUCUAUGAUCAAAAUAACGGUCUUUUUGUCUUAUAAUCAUUUCCCCUCUGCUCUUUUUUUUUUCUUUAACACGCUCUCCUAUUUUUCGUCUCUCUGCUCAAAAGGGUCUUCUGAAUGGUAGAGAAUCAGUAAUAAUGUACAGUAACAGUGGUAACGAAGAUUCGAGCAAAGGGUGUUGUAAUUGUCAGCCUGUAAUAAAUCCUUAAGAGCAAGCUUGAAUCAAAAAAAGUGGGAUGUAGGGGGGCUUCGUGUGAGCUCAAGUCCUGUCUUUAUUUGAGUGUGUGUUUUGUUAAUCCCCACAGGAGAGCGCUUUAACAUCAACUACUCCAAAAUGAGCACUUGCUUGAUUGGAUUUCCUAAUUAGUAGUCGUAGAAACCCUCCCAGGUUGAUUGCGUCCCCUUUUGACAGAGUUUUUUUCUUUUUUUUUUGGUGUUGAAUUUGUAUAAAACGAUAAUCUUUGGGUUCUCAUUUUGUGGUUUUAUUUAUACUUUGUGUACAUAGGUAUAUAUAUGUAUAGCUUGAAUGUAUGAGCUCUGUGUGAUCACUUGCUUGUAACAACCACAAUGAUUACCACAGUUUACCAACAUUGGAGCGGCGUCGCUGCGAAAAACUCAAAGAACAAACGGAAUAAUCUGCAGCUAACUUGUACAUACACGAUUUCUCGUCUCACUCUGUGGGCCUAGCCAGUGCUGUUUUUUUUCUUUUUUUUUCUUCUUCAGGUGUUUCACUUGACUGUUUCAAGCUUGCUCUUAAGUCCUGGGUUUGUCAACACUCCAUUUUUAUGUAGUUGAAGCUCUCGCAUCUUCUUUUCAAACUUCUCUUGCCGUGUUCGUCGCUCGCUCGCUCAAUCGCUCGGACGUUCAGAUCUCUCCGCUCUGCUACCAUCUUCCUUCUUGCUGUAUCAGGCGUGUGUGUAUGCGUGCGCGUGUGUUGUUGUGUUCUUCCAUGUGGCGGGUCGGUUUAAGAGGUGUGGUUAUUUUGAUCGUAGAGGAGCAUAAAGGUUGUUCGUGAUAACUGGGAGAAUUCAGUGCAGACGGAUUCAUCAGAGAAACACUUGGGGGACAGGGCUGGAAGGGUCAAAAGGGCAAGAAAAGCUUGAAGAGCAAAUAUUGGAAAAAAAAACCUAACAAAAAAUGGAAAAUAAUAAAGGUUUUUAUUAACACUU